CCGAAAGUGGAAGAAGGGAAAAUACAAGGAAGCAUCUCUUCGUGGUUUUUUUUCACGAUCUUCUUCAUUUAAAAUUGUUAUGUACUCUUGGACAUAACGAACGCGAAGUCUUGCAUGCAGCUUGACCGACUUCAAAACCAAGAAGCAGAAGUGCUUAUUUAUAGUUAGCCUAGAUAAAAACAGCUCGUCCUCGUCCUAGGUACAGCAGUCUGACAUCACAAAGUGGUAUGUAAAAGGUGAAAGCAUGGGGAACCAAGAGUCCAAAGGUGACCAAAACCAACAGGACAGCCAGAAGGAAAUAUUUAUACACACUUUCUCUGAAGAUCUUUUGUCAGACCAGGUUGAUGGUAUAGUCUGCUUCACAGACAGAAACUGGUCCUCUGAUAACCUCUGUUGUCAAUUACUGGCGAAACAUGGAGGAAAUCAGUACGCUUCAGAACGACAAGCUAUUAAACAUGACAACAAGGACUGCCAGCCCGGAAAUGUCUAUGUUGGAGACAGCGGAAUGUUACCGUGUAAAAAAGUCUUCUUUUGUGUUGUUACUGAAAAUGAACUCACAGAAGGAAGUGGCCGCUAUGAUCAAAAAGCAGUUACCAUGGUAACAAAUAUACUGGACAAAGCAUCACGAGAGGAGUUUUUCUCCUUGGCAAUAAUCAUAGAAGGAAAUGAUGCUGGCCCCAACCCAACUUGCCUCAUUCCUCUGAUUUACUGUAAAUUUCUACUGUUGUCAUCAACUUUACAAGAAAUCCAUUUAGUUGCUCUGGACGAAGCAUUGAUUGACUUGAUGCAGAAAGUGUUGCGAGAAUCUCACCAGCUUUCUGUCAGCCAAGAAUCAGUACCUGGUGAUCAGGGUCCUAGAAACCGUUCUCCUCCAGAUAAUGAAAAUUUAACUGCAGACACAAGGCAGGAUACUUCAACACAAGAUAAGCCUCCUGGGUCUGUGGAGAAUGGCACAACUCAAGAAUCUGCAGAAAACAGUGCCAGUGAGGAGGGUGGUGGUGUUGACGAAAGUUAUGUAAACAAUAUAAUGGGGAUAGAAGAUGUUAAAAUUCAACCUUCCACUGACGAUCCCAGGGAUGAAGUUGAUGAGACAGAGUUAGGGGCUGUGGGGGGGCUGUCUCCUGCUACACCAGAAUUCACUCAGUACUGUUAUUCCUCCAACUCUGAUGAUGGUUACGAAGAUGAUGAUAAAAUUACAAAAACAAUGUUUAAAAGAGGAGAUUCAACUAUAAGCACUGCGAGCCAAGAAGACAAUCUAGAUUUUGUAAACAUUCUGAACUCUGCCAGUGUUAAAAAGGGGAUGAAACAUUUAGCGCCGAUUGUUGACCCUGUUUCUCCUGCUUCGCCUGCAAAAACCUUUGUGUGCUCCAUCUGUAUGGAGGAGAAAGGACCAUUGUUGCUCAAAACACUUGACAAGUGUAGGCACAUGUUUUGUAAAGAGUGCAUUACAAAACAUCUACAGAUACAAGGAACAUGUCCGAUAUGCAAGCACCGCUACUCUGAUCCUCAAGGCAAUCAGCCGGAUGGUGUGAUGUCAUACUUCAUUGCUGAAGACACAAACUUGGCUGGCUACGAAAGUGUUGGAACCAUUGUUAUAGAGUAUGACAUUCCUGAUGGUAUACAAUCAGAAUGCCAUCCAAACCCAGGCCAUGCUUACAAGGGGCUGCACCGGUCUGCCUUUCUGCCCGACAACCCAGAUGGCCAAAGAAUAUUACUUCUGCUGCAAAAAGCCUUUGACAAGAAGCUCAUCUUUACCGUAGGCACUUCAAUCACUACCGGACGUGAAAAUGUAACAACGUGGAAUGAUAUCCAUCACAAGACCAACAUUAAGGGCGGAGCACAACGGUUUGGCUAUCCAGAUCCUACGUAUUUGAGAAGGGUUUAUGAUGAACUGAUUGCCAAAGGAAUAACGGAGGAGGAGUAAAAUACAUCUCACUACACCAACCUGUUAUUCUGUAUUCACUAUUUUAUCAAAGGAACAUAUAAAUAUAUAUCUCAUAUAUUUAACUAAUGGGACAAACACUCAUAGUAAACAUAUACUUUUGUCUUUGCUUACGUUAAGUGCUAACAUAAUUGUUUUAAUCGCAGAACUGGGCUUAGUAAGUUUAAACAUUAUUAUAUUUUUCAUAUUUUUUGCACAUUAAACAUACUACAGAACUUAGUAUAAAGAGGAUUAGAAAACAAGCUGAAAGCUGACACCAAUUCCUCUCCUCUACUUUGUUAAUUAAUUGCUCCUCAAUAUGAAAUACCCACAUUUGUCUCUUGUAAUGUACACAGUCACAUUCCAGUAGAUUAUAUACUAUACAUUUGUGUACAAUUUAUGUACUUUACAACAGUUGUGAAACAAGCUUAUCAGUCGUAUAUAAUUCACUCUUGUGGGCCCUGAUGUGGAGGGGAUCCUAGUGUGUGAGGAACCGGUAAUACUUUGGGAAAACCCACAUGGUCAGGCAGGUAGCUCAAUACUUUUUCAUGCCUAUAAAUAAUAAAUAAAUAAUAAAUAAUCUUUAUUUAACAUCAUGAACAUAGUUAACAACAAACAUAAGCUCGGUAGAGCUUUUAUUAUGACGCCGCUAUGGGAACAAAUAUUGUUUUCAUGGUGGAGGAAAAUCCACGAGAAAAAAAACCCACAGUGCCAUCAGAGGGAUAACAACUAACCCUAUCAGACACAACUUUCUUUUUCUGCCAUCACUGGGGAUCGAACCAAAAUUCUUUGGAGAGUGAGAGGUCUGAAGCUUAUGCUUGAUUGCACACAUUAGAAAUGGCUCUGUAUGUUAGCAAUCAGGGCUACCAUUUAGGCACCCAUAAGGCACUCAAGUAAGAGCUACAGAAAACCAAUAGUUUCAUCAUGUAAUGUGGGCAGUUGUCCUCUCCUAUGUGACUGAGGCCCCCUUACAAGCUGUGUGUACUGAACCAGUCUGACAGUGUUGGACAUCAAUGUAUAUUGAGUUGCUUGCUGUUAAAUCCUCAAGGGGUGGUUUGUAUAUAGGCCUUCUAGAGCUUUCCUGAAGCAUAUAAGACUCUUUUACGUCCAGGGGUGAAGGAUAGGGAAAUUUCACUCAAGGGGUUUUCAAAUUUGCUAAGACCCAAUGUUUAUCACAGUUUUUUAAUAAUUUGAAAAUCUCAAGAGUGGGAUUUCAAUAUCCUACACUCCUCAGCAUGACGUUUGAGUCUGUUUCAAUUUCAUUCUAGUUGUACCACAAUUAGCUCAGGAACUAUGAAAAAAACAUGCUAAUGUAUUUUGACUCGCUACAUUUUCCCCCUGCGCUUUUUGGAUGAAGAUCAAAUUGGUUAUUGAGAUUAAGCAUUACCCAUUUCCCCGAAUGAAUUUUGUAAAGAAAAAAUAAUCCCAUCUUUCUGCCUUAUAUUGUCAAUAUCUUACAGUUUUAAAUUUAUUCACAUCACCAUUCUCUACAUUGUAAUUUUCCCUUUUUCAUGACGUCACAUCACUGUAAACCUAUUGAGACGUUAUACAAGGGGAAUAGGAUGUAGGAUAGAAAUUUCUAGCACCUCAUUUCUGCCCAGGGCAGCUCUUUGUCAAAUACUGUAGAUCAUAUUUGUGGUAUAGGCUCAAAAACAUUUUUGAUUGGGCAUCAGGAUUGUCAAGAGAUACCUGUACAACAGGGAAAAGAGUAGUGUGUUUCCGACGGGAAUCGAACCCCCAGCGUGAAGCUAGAAGGCGAACAUAAUCCUAUGUGCAAUUAAAAUCUGCUUUACACGUACAAAGUGUAUAUACAUUUGUAUGUGUAACUAUUAUACCACUACCACAGGUACCUACCAUGUUUCUAGAGAGCUUCUAAGCAUUAUAUAUACAUAUUAUCAGAAGUAAUUUUGUUAUGUAUUUAUAACAGUAGAGUACCUUAUAAUUUAUUAUUUUCAUUUUCUUGCAGUUUUUUGUUUGUUUGUUGUAUUUACUAAAUGACUGAAACUUAAGCAAAAAGGGACUAACUUAGAAAUCUGUAUCACAGCUGACCAGAAAUGGUUUGAUAAUAUGAAUAGGAAUAUCUUUGUGGGUAGCACAUACUUUUAUCCCACACUUCACAGGUACAUUCCCGUUUUUGGUAGGGAAAAGUUUAUAGAAACUAUCACUCCUGUGUGAUGUAGACAGAGAUAUCUCAACCAGAGGGUGAAAUAUUUUUUUAGGUUUGGCACGAGGCUUUGCCGAGUGCUAGAGUGAUUGGUCAUUGAGAGAAGAGACGACAUCCUAUGUUUUUGUUUAUUGUUGGCUGUUCUGUAAUUGUUCAAUACAUGUGUGUAAAAGUGAUGAUGUAAUCGGUUUGGCAAAAAGUGCACAGGGUCACAGGUCAUGUUGAAAGAAGUGCGUUGUCUGUGAAGCUUUCUAAAGAUAAUAAUAAUUUGAUGUUCUUAUAUACCGUUUUAUCACAACCUAGUUUGUAGGUCGUCUCAAAGCGGU